UCACCGUCUCUCGCUUAUUGUGUGAGCGAGUCGGCUCGCUUUAUUUUUCUCAAUAUAGCUUAUAACACUCGGGGUUCAGGAUUUAAAUCCUGUCUUAAAUCCUACUCCGGAGGUCGACAGCGAGAUUACUUGUCGGCCGGUUGUGUAGCAGUGUGUAAUACUGAGCCGGGUUUCUGGUCAGUAUUGCCUGUUAUUUAUUUUCAUUUUAGCGGCCUAUCGGCCUACCCUCAGCCUCGGCGGUUUUUUACGCCUUCAGCCCGGUCCGUGAGAGUACGCCGGGGCCACUGGUUGUAAAUGUUGCAGAGCGGUGUCGCGGCUGCUAAUUCGCUAACGUGGCUAAUGUUUCUUGGCUAACCAAGAGGACGUUAGUUUGUUUAGUUAGCGUGGCUAUCAGUCGCUAGCAGACAACCGGUGGCAUCGGAGUGGCAUGGGCGUAUUUUUUUCUUCUUUGGUUCACCCGGUCGAACCCGAAAUCUCCGUUAGUUGUUAGCGAGCUAAUUAACUUGUUUGCUAUUAAGCUAAGUUAGCUAGCGACGCAGCUUUGUGUAGGUAGGUAUCACUGUUUAGUUAGCAGGUUAGCCGUUAAAGUUAGCCUCGUUGUCGCCAUGAGGUGAAGCCGUGAGAAGCGGAAGCCCACCGAGACUUGAAAGCUGGAUGCUUUCCCCUCAACUAUUAGCUUGCUGGCUAGCAUUUUGGCCAUGUGGCUGGAUAGUAGAUUUGGAUAUGGUCGACGGGCCCUGUUUUUAGGCUUGUUUGUGCGCGAAUCAAAACAGGGUUUUACGUAACAUGUGCAAGAUUAAGGAAUCGAUAGCAAGGUUAACAGUACUGUGUGAGAUUGUAUGUUGUCUUUCCCCAUUUGGUGUUCUCCAAAGUGUAUAUAUGUCUGUUUUUUGUUGCUGUUUUUUUUAAAGACUUUCGGUUGUUUGGUAAUCUAGAUUUACCUCAGCAUUAAGGCUGUUUUGAUGCAUAAAGUGUUGCAUCAUGUUUGAGUGGUAAAUAAGUUAGUGCUCGUUUUCCUUGUGUGCAGCUGCACCCAGUUUACUAAGGAGCUCUUCCCUUUUUUGUCCUCCCUCGGGUGGCCUUGGUUUAAGACAUGGUCUGGGAACAAAGGUGAUAUCACUGCCAGCUUCCAGCAAACCAUUAAGCAACCAGGCAGUUUGAGGAAGUGGUAUCGUACCAUAUGUGUGCGCGACAUAAGUAGGUCACAGUCACAAGCCCUUCUAACACUCCUUCUCACCCUUCUCUUCUCAGGUGUUAUUCCUUUGUAAAUACUGUUAUUUGUAUAUACUGUAAAUGAUGACGUCCAUGGGCGGGAACCGAGCCCGGGGCAACUGGGAGCAGACACAGGGCCAGACACAGAGCCAGACACAGCACAAGCAGAGGCCUCAGGCUACCGCAGAGCAGAUCCGACUCGCACAGAUGAUUUCAGAUCACAAUGAUGACUUUGAAGAAAAGGUCAAACAGCUGAUUGACAUCACAGGCAAGGAUCAGGAUGAGUCUAUGAUCGCACUGCAUGAUUGCAACGGGGAUGUCAACAGAGCCAUCAACGUGUUGCUGGAGGGCAGCCCAGACACUGACUCCUGGGAAAUGGUGGGAAAGAAGAAAGGGGUGUCAGGUCAGAAGGAGACCAGCCAGGCAGAAACUGGAGACGAAGGAAAAGAGAACAGAGAGAAAGGAGGCGAGAAGGAUGCAGCACGUCGCAGAGGUGGAGCUCCACGCAAGGGACGUGGCGCUAGCAGGGGACGAGAGUUUCGUGGCCAAGAGAAUGGCUUAGAUGGAGGCAAGACUGGAGUAGCUGGAAGAGGUGCAGAGCGAGGCCGAAGGGGAAGAGGCAGAGGAAGGGGAGCAGUUGGAGCAUCUGGACGGCGAGGAGGCAGAUUUUCAGCACAGGGCAUGGGCCAGAAUGAUAAGGGGCCCAGAUAUGAUAUUGCAGGCAGUAGGAGAACAUUCAACCCUGCUGACUAUGCGGAGCCAGCUCAGACAGAAGAAAACUACGGAGGGGGCAGUACCUGGAACAACACAGGAAGCGUGGAGCUAGAGGAGGGAGCUAGGUUGGAAUACUCUGCAGGAGAGGGAACAAAUUAUCCACCCAAGUUUGAUUCUGCUCCUGGUGCCUGGAGGUCUGCCACAGAGGAGUGGGGCACUGAGGACUGGAAUGAAGAUCUUUCAGAGACCAAGAUAUUCACAGCUUCCAGUGUAGCGUCAGUGCCUCCGCCUCAAGAGAAUGUUACCAUCACUAAGGGACAGAGGAUUGAUCUCGCAGUGCUCCUUGGGAAGACUCCACCAUCUUCUUCCUCAGAGACAGAAAAUGCCCCCAUGGAGGCCACCCAGCCCCCCUCUUUGUCCCAGUCACUGGUUUUCAGCAACUCCAAGCAAGGAGUGCCCCUCUCUCAAACAUCCUCCAGCACCCCUUACACCCAGCACAACAUGGUCAGCAUGCUGAGCAAGGGUUUUGGGGAAGUGGGGGAACCUAAAGGAGCCAGCACAGGGACCACUGGGUCCCAGUUUUUGGAGCAGUAUAAAACAGCCCAGGCACUGGCCCAGCUGGCAGCCCAGCAUUCCCAGACUGGACCCCCCAACACAACCCCUUCAUCAUGGGACACCAGUGCUGCCUCACUGGGACAAUAUGAUAUGAAGGCUCAACCGGAGUCUGCAAUUCAUACGCCCUUUACAAAGAGGCAGCCCUACCAGGCCACCACCUCAACCUCGUCCAUGUUGGAUGUUUUCCUGCAGGACAAAGGCCUGCCUCCUUCCUCUUCUGUCUCCUCAUCAUCUUCCUUACCACAACAAACAACAUCCUCCCCCCAUGUGGUGCCUCCACCUGCUUCCUCCCUUCCUAAAAUGGCUGGAGUCCCUUCUCUAGGUCAACAAGUUUCCCCAAGCUCCUCAGAUGCCCAGGGUUCAAGUCCUCUGCCUUUGCAGCAACACAAAAUCAAACAGCAGAAGAAGAGGGCCUCCAUUAAUACAAAGAUUCCAGCAAUGGCAGUGGAGAUGCCUGGCUCAACAGACAUCUCAGGCCUGAAUCUUCAGUUUGGAGCGUUGCAGUUUGGGUCUGAACCAGUUCUACCAGAGUACGAGUCCUCCUCUGCCACCACAACACCAGGCAACCAGGUCCAGAACAGUCUCUACACAAGCCCCAGCAGUGAGUCAACUCCAGUUCUCUCCAACUCCAGCCAGAUGGACCUGUACGAUCAGAGACCAUCUCAAACACGGCGUUACCCUCCUUCAGUCUCCUCCUCCCCUCAGAAGGAUUUGCAGCCCAAGAAACCUGUGAGCUCACGUUCAUUGUUGGUUUUACAGAAUGGCUUCAGUUCAAUACAGGCAGCACAAUCCGUGGAAGCUGCAGCAGGCUCUGCAGUAUCAGUCAAGCCGGCCUCUGACUCGGUCACGCCCGCAUCAGUCUCCAGCAUGGGCACUUUAACAGACAGCAGCUCAGCCUCCUUGUUGACUACAGCCAAUCAGACGCCACUUAGUGCUCUGGGUCACAAUGAAGACUUGCCUCCAAGCAGCAUGGCCCCUCCUCAGCACAACAACUCUCACCCAUCACAACAGAACAGUCUGACUCCAUCUGUCCGGACAUCGAACUCAGGCUUACUGCAUCCCAGCGUCGAUGGAGACUCGAGCCUGCACUCUUCAUCCUUCCCUUCCUCUGUCUCUGCCGUGCCGUCUUCAUCAGUCCCCUGCUCCUCUUCCUCUGUGGCUGCUGCACAGGUGUCCUUAGGGGCUCCUCAGGCCUCCUCAGUUGGCUCUGCCACAGUUUCAGCUCCCUCGGGCCUAGGCGCCGUCAGCAGUCUGGCCAUGGGCCUCAACACUGCCUCUAUGGGUGCCCCAGUAGCAGCAGCUGCCGCCGCCACUGCUUCAGUCUCCACAGCGGCCUCGACCAUUCCGUCUUCAGCAUCUUCGUCAUCAACACGCAGCUCUGCAGCAUCCUCAGGGAAAGCACCUCCAAACCUUCCACCCGGAGUGCCCCCUCUACUGCCCAACCCAUACAUUAUGGCCCCUGGACUACUGCAUGCCUACCCUCCUCAGGUGUACGGCUAUGAUGAUCUACAGAUGCUACAGACAAGAAUACCGCUGGAUUAUUACAGCAUUCCCUUUGCAGCAACACCCACAACAGCACUGACAGGCAGAGAGGGCAGCUUGACAAGCAACCCUUAUUCUGGUGACUUAUCAAAGUUUGGUCGAGCUGAUGCCUCUUCUCCGGCUCCAGCUACCACAUUAGCUCAGACACAACAGAAUCAGAGCCAGACGCAUCACACCACACAGCAGCCCUUCCUGAAUCCUGCGCUGCCGCCAGGCUACAGCUACACCAGUCUCCCGUACUACACUGGCAUGCCAGGAUUGCCCAAUACCUUUCAGUAUGGACCUGCUGUGUUUCCGGUGGCUCCUACCUCGUCAAAACAGCACGGUGUGAAUGUCGGCGUCAAUGCCUCGGCCACACCCUUUCAACAGGCUAGUGGCUAUGGUUCCCAUGGAUACAGCACUGGCUAUGAGGAUGUGGGCCAGGCUUCAGGGAGUGGGGAUUUCUGUAAGGGCGGAUACGGCACUGCCGUGGCCGCUGCUGCUUCUGCACAAAACAAGCCAGCCAGCUCUGUCACCGGGCCUGGAGUCGGAGUCUCUGUGACAUCAAGCAACACAGGAGUACCAGAUAUUUCAGGGUCUGUUUACACAAAGACGCAGUCGUUUGAGAAGCAGGGCUUCCACGCCGGGACGCCAGCCGCAUCAUUCAGCCUGCCCUCUGCGCUGGGCAGCGGGGGCCCCAUCAACCCUCCUGCCGCUGCCGGCUACGCUCCAGCUCCAUUCAUGCAUAUCCUGACACCACACCAACAACCCCACUCUCAGAUUCUGCACCACCACCUGCAGCAAGACGGACAGAGCGGCACUGGACAGCGCAGCCAGAACGCCUCCAUCCAACAGAAGUCUCAGAUCAACAAGUCGGCGUACAACAGCUACAGCUGGGGGGCAAACUAACAUCCACUCACGGGACCUCACCCCGCGCAGUGUCAAAAAGCUGGGAGGGGUGGGAGGCUCUUCACUCCUUCGGCAAAUAAGUCUCCACGUAUAAAUCCCCGCUUCCUCCUGCAAAGAUUUCCCUCCAGUCUCUUGGCCCAGCACUCCCACAGCUCUGACCGCGGUCAGAGGAGGUGCUGUGCCGAGAGAACGAGCACUGUUAAUGAUGCAUGGAUGGAUGGGUGGGAGGGACAGGAGGGGCUUUAAAAGUGAGGGGCGAUCGGAGAUAAAUGGUGAUAGAAGCAAACCAUCAAGAGGGUGAAAAUACUAAGUGUUGGGAAUUUGUAUCGUAUUAAUCUUCCCGCCCCUUGCCCCCCCCCCCCCCCAACAUUUUUUUCCUUUCACUUGUAACAUAGAACUGUUUUUCUAAAAGAAUGAACGUUUCCUGUAUGGUCUUUUUUUUUUUUUUUUUUUGUCUUUUCCCAUUUUUUUCCCCACUGAAGGGGAGGAAUGAAGUAAUCUCUAAAAGGGGGUGGGGGCAGGCUGGUUUUGUAUUUUAGACCCUCAACUCCCUGUUACUUAACUUUUGCCGGAAAUUCUUCCCUCCUGAACAGUUUCCAAACACAAUAAUUUGCCGUUGACUUUUUUAUGUUUUGGGGGUUUUUUGUUUUUGUUUUGUUUUUUUAUGUCAUUUUAAGUUUGCAGAAACAAUUCUAUAAAUUGGUAGAGUUGUGAAUUUUAUUUUUUACCGAAUAUAGAUAUAUUAUAUAUAAAGACAUAUAAGCAAGCUCACUGGCUUUGACUGUGAGGAAAAAGUGUGUUUGUCAUGUGACUGCGUGCAUGUUUGUACACACGGAGGGCCAUGGUUACGUACUGUGCUUGGGUUUUUGUUUUGUUUUUGGUUUUUUUGCCUAGCACAGGUUUUCCAUUAUCCAACACUUGUACAGAAACUUUUCCCAUUAAUUAUAAAUAUUUCAUAAGGCCCCUCUUAUUUUGAAAGAUGAGAAUGAUUUCCAAGGCCAAUACACACCCGGUCUGCCUUCCAGUGUGAAUAAUUUUGUUUCUGAGGCCCUCCCUGCCCUGCCACCUGUCCCCCCAACAUUGUAAGGAAAUCUGCAGCAUUGAAUACUGAUGGACAGAAUUGUACUAUGGGUUUUUUCUUCUUCUUUUUUUUUUUUUGUCAGUGAUUUUUUUUUUUUUCUUUUUGUAC